AUGGCUUCAAACUGGUUGUCUCAAAGCAUUGUUACUUUCUUUCUUCUAUCCAUUUGGGGCUUUCAUCAUGUUCAUUGUCAAGACAACAUAUUCACAGUUUCCCAAUUUGGUGCCAUUCCUGAUGCCCAAACAGAUAACAAACAGGCUUUUUUAAAUGCAUGGAAAAAUGCUUGCGCGACUGAUGGAGGCACAAUUAGUAUUCCAACAGGAAAUUAUCUAAUAAGUGAUGCUGAAUUCUUAGGGCCAUGCAUUGGCCAAACCAAUUUUGUACUAAAUGGAAUCCUAAAUGCUCCUAUUGUUCCUACUCCCAAACUUGAUUAUUGGGUCAUGUUUCGCAAUGUCGAUAGCCUUUCCAUAUCUGGCACAGGCACCUUAAAUGGAAAUGGAGACUCAUAUUGGAAAUCCAAACAAUCCACCAUUAUAACGUCACUGAAGCUACAACGUGUGAACAAUGUGACAGUGAGCGACAUAAAUUCCAUGGACAGCAAAAAAUUCCACUUGGUGGUCCACAAUUGCAAUGGCGUAACCAUCACCAACAUCCGCGCCACCGCUCAUGCCGAGAGCCCCAACACCGACGGCAUCCACCUGGCAACCUCGAACGACAUCAGAAUCUAUGAUUCAAACUUCGCCACGGGCGACGAUUGCAUCUCCAUAGGAGACGGAGUGACCAACAUGAAUGUGAGUGGGGUGAACUGUGGGCCGGGCCACGGCAUCAGCAUCGGGAGCCUCGGGUUGUAUCCCGGGGAGAAGGAAGUCCGGUCAAUUCGGGUCACCAAUUGCAAUUUGACCAACACCGAUAACGGGCUGAGGAUCAAGACAUUUGGGGCUUCUCCACCGGGCCUUGUUUCGGAUGUCCAUUUUGAGGACAUAAUGGUGAAUAAUGUGCUAAAUCCGAUAAUCAUAGAUCAGCAUUAUUGUCCAAGCGGGAAAUGUGCGGGUGGUGAAUCCAGAGUUUCUAUAAAAGAUGUGAGUUUCAUCAACGUUCGUGGCACCUCGGGUACACCCGUUGGGGUGAAGUUUGACUGCAGCAAAUCGCUGCCUUGCAAAGCCAUUGAACUGACGGGAGUUAGCUUGACUUUCAAAGGAAACUCAACCACUGCAUUUUGCUCCUCAGCUCAUGUCAAAUUUCUUGGAUCGGCUAACCAAAUUCCUUCGAGUUGUUGA